AUGGCGUCUCAAGGCUGCAGUCGGGCCAUCACCUGCUUACUCUGCCUGGGAGUCAAGGAAGACCAGGAAGAGCAGCAUGAUGUGAAAGCACAGAUGAUCUUUCGGGCUGGAGAGGGGAGAGAGAAGAAAGGUGUACGGGGCCAGCCUGGAGUGGGAGAAGUGGGAGCAGACACUGAAGGAGAAUUCAAAGGAGGAAGAGAAGGCCCCUUUGGUCCUGGUGCUCCAGGUCCUGUGCGUGAUGGGAAGAAGAAGAAGAAGAAGAAUGGUGGCUCCAGCGGCAGUGGCGUGGAGCAAGAGCAAACGGAGCUGGUUGCUGAGGGUAUGGUGAGCCAGAAGAGCCUAAAGCCUCCAGUGAGGCCGAUGGCCCGCCACCACCUUGGGUUCACCAAGCGGCAGCUGGAGCAAUUGGAGACCACUUCCCAGCGCGGUCGUUCUCAUGAUAAGCCAGCAAGUGGGUACCGGGUGGUGGUAGGAGAACUCAGGGUAAAUGAAGCCUCAGGGUGGAUCCUGCGAACACUGUUGGGGGCAGGAGGAGGGAUUGAUAGGACAAGCAUUGAAGCAUGA